AUGGACUCGCGGCUGGCCUUCGUCAGUCUCUCACUCCUCGAAGGUUUCCUGCUACAGCGUACUAUCCUCAUAGAUCUCACCUUCCGCACGGUCACUUUGGGCUCGGUAGGAGUCAAUCUGGCGCUCGUAGCCAUCUGGAGCAUCUUGAUCUAUCCGUAUUUUGUCACACCAUUGCGCCAUCUACCAACAGUUUCGGGCAACCUCAACAAUGCCCGGAUCAUCUUCGACGAUCCUCGCGGUCGCUUGCCGCUGGAGUGGAUGAAGACCAUCCCUAAUGAAGGCCUCAUCCAUUUCCGCGAUAUUCUCAACCGAAGCUACCUACUGGCUACCAACCACCAGGCCUUGCUCGACAUCAUGAGCACCAAUACCUAUGACUUUGAAAAACCAUGGCGGGCACGCGACUUUCUCGCCCGGAUCAUAGGGUUUGGAUUAAUUCUAUCGGAGGGCAGUGCACACAAGAAACAGCGCCGGGCUCUGACCCCAUCUUUCAAUGUCAAAAACAUCAGAGCUUUGUAUUCAUUGAUGUGGGAGAAGACCGGGCUCUUGAUGAGCGAGCUGGAGAAAGAAAUGACCCAAAAUCCGAUGGAUGCUACGAAUCCAGUAAGCGGAGAGGGGAAGGUUGAGAUGAGCGUCUGGGCAAGUCGCCUCACCCUCGAUAUCAUCGGACCAGCCGCUAUGGGUCGCGACUUCCGCUCCCUGCACAACCCUGAGAACAAAGUGGCCGACAGCUUUUUGGCUAUCCUAGAACCAACUAAAGAAAAGAUGGCCUUCUUGGCCUUUAACUUCGCUCUACCACAAUGGUUCGCACGUCGCAUCCCCUGGCGUCUGAACAAGGUAGUUGACAAUGAGACUGGGUACCUGCGUGAUCUCUGCAGAGAUAUCGUCCAUGAGAAGCGGACGUCCAUCAGGGAAACCAAGGCAACGGCCAAGGAGCUUGAGGCCGACAUUCUUGGUACCAUGAUGCUGGGCGGCGACUUUACGGACGAUGAGUUGAUUGACCAAAUGUUGACUUUCUUAGCCGCCGGUCACGAAACAACUGCAAGCGCUUUCACCUGGGCCUGUUACCUUCUCACCCUCCACCCCGAUAUCCAGGAACGUCUCCGUGCAGAGAUUCGUGAGUGUAUCCCUUCUGGGAGCCACCCCAUCAUAUGGAGCGACCUCGAGACUCUCCCCCUUCUCAAUGGUGUGUGUCAGGAAGUCCUCCGUCUGUACCCCACAGUCCCUAUCACCUUACGUGAAGCCGUUCGUGACAGCGUGGUGGCCGGCAAACAUAUCCCCAAAGGGACUCGGAUCCUUCUGUGCCCAUACGCCAUCAACCGCAGCCCAGAGUUCUGGGGUAAAGAUGGUGAAGAAUUCAAGCCGGAACGAUGGAUUGACACAGACAAGAAUGGCCACCCUGUUGUCAACAACAACGGCGGCGCAUCUACCAACUUCGCCCAGAUCACUUUUCUUCACGGGCAGCGUUCAUGCAUCGGAAAGGAUUUUGCCCGGGCCGAGUUACGCUGUGCUGUCGCUGGGGUCGUUGGCCGCUUUCGCUUUGAGAUGCAGGACCCCAAGCAGAAGAUCCAUAUCGCGGGUGCCGUGACAACUAAACCGGUGGAGGGGAUGCAUCUAAGGAUGCGUAGGGUGGAUGACUGGUAAUUGGCUUUUCG